AUAGUGAUGGAGUGAAGUAAAGAGUGCCUUUGGCUGCAAAGAAAAGCGAGUGCACGAAAGGCUGCUGCUGUCAAUGCACUGUCUAGUAGAAGUCUGGCUGUUCAGAAGUUAAGGAAAAAACGAUGACCACCGAAGAGGGGCUCGGCGGCGCAACGCCGUCGGCUUUUCCAGAACCGCUAAGCGUCGUCGACGUGGUUGCCACUGAAGAUGUCACAAUUACGGAAGAUAGGCCAAUCGAAGGCGAGCUUACCCAGGCCGCCGUGUCCGACACCGAGAAGCCGGCAAGUGAAAACCCGGCCAGCGAAAUGCCCACCGAUGCAGCCGGGGCUCUGGGUUUUUGCAAGGAGAACCAGGCCCAGUUUUUGUCUGGUAUCACCGUCGCAUUGGCCAUGAUCCCUGAGGCCGUGGCGUUUUCCUUCGUCGCGAAGGUGGAACCGCCAGUGGCUCUCACGGCAGCCUGGAUCAUGUGCUUUUUCACCGCCGUAGCGGGCGGCAGGCCAGGUAAAAAAAACAUUUUGCCACCCGGUCGAGUUCCACGACCAGUGCUCAUAAGAUAGUUAGGUGCAACAUGGGCACCGGGCAAGUUGCAACUCUCGAACCCACUAUCACAACAAAAAACCAGGUAUGAUUUCCGGUGCCACCGGUUCCAUGGCGGUGAUCAUGACGUCCAUAGUCACUGACGAAGGGGUGGAGUACCUUUUCUGGUAUCCUGUGUAAAAACGUCCCCACCCCAGAGUUGUCAUGUAGAUUUGCAAUUGCAGGAACAUUUGUAAUGCGCGUCCCCAAGGGAGGCAUUUCCAAUCGUGUUUUGGCAUUUGUAAUGCUGCAAACAGGAUAAGCAGAUGGAUUUGUGAUGUGGCUGUCCUUGCUAACAUGCACUACACUACGGACUGCAACUUGUCAUGCGUGGGUCCCAAAGCUUCUGGGUUUGUAAUGCUACGCUCCCAACUUGACUAUGGGGUGGGGACGUUUUUGCAUAUGAUAUCUGGGCCGUGAUGUUUUGCGGUUUGUUUCAAAUCCUGCUCGGGUUCGCGGGCAUCCACAAAGCACUCUCCCUGGUCACCUUCCCUGUCAAGAUCGGGUUUCUCAACGGGCUCGCACUGGUGAUCGGGAAGGCGCAGCUGGAAUCCUUUUUGAUCCCGCACGGGGAGACCACCGAGAAAACCGAGCAUUUGGAGAUCGUGGACUUCGUGUUGGCGACCAGCAACUACGUGAAAGCAGACAAACUGAUCGUCAUGCUGGUACUAAUAGUAUAGCAACAGCUAGCUAUAGGUUUUUUUCUGGAGAAAUUCCGUCAUAGCAAGUUUGAUGGUUUCAGCAUUCUUGCAAUGGUUUCGGCGACAGCAAAACUCUUUUUGUCCUCUUCCUGUGCAUUUUUUGCAUCUGCUCUUCAAAGAGGAUUCAUUUUCCUGUUCCAAGCGAAAGAAGUAUCAAACCCGCGGCCUAAAAAAUAAGGUCCUUUCCUUCAUCGCCCUGGGCAUCAACUUUCUUCCCGAAAAGUUUCAAAAAUACCCCCUCGCGCUUAUCUCCAUCGUUUUCGUCACCGUCCUGGAGCACGCCUGCGUCCGCACGUUCAUUCUGCCGGAUGAGGGAACUACGCUCGUGGAGGACAUGGCGAAUCUGAAAGGGAACUUCCUCGAGGUGGUGUUUAGCAAGUACGACAUGCCGAAUCCCUUCAACGACGGGGGUGCACUCGCGUCGACGAUUCUCACCGCGGUUUAUUUGUGCGUGAUCGGGCUCACCGAGUCCCUGAUGACGUUGGAGAAGAUCGACGAGAUGCUGCCCGACUCCCCGCCCGGAGAUGCGAGACGGGAGGUUUUGGCGCAGGGCGGCGGCAAUUUGAUCUGUGGGUUCUUCGGGUCCAUGGGCGGUUGCGCCAUGAUCGGGCAGGCCAUGAUCAACGUGCGGAAUGGCGGCACGAAGAGGAUAGCCGGUAUGACGGCCGGUGUGGGCACGCUUCUGAUUAUGGUGGCCAUCAGUCCGGUUAUAGGAAAAAUUCCGGUUGGCAGUUUGGUCGGAGUGAUGUGGUAUAAUUUUUUCCAGCUACGAAGAUCAUCAAGAUCACACAUCAAGAAUUACUAUCGCUUCGCAUCUAAAAUGUCCGAAAACGAGUACAAUUGCACCUCCUACUCAUAACAGGUGCGUGUCGUAUCACACCUGGGAGAAAAAGACCCACAUCCUGUUCUACGAGGCCUUUACGGGCAAGCCCUGGAAGCCGAUUGAAGUAUACGUCGUCAGCGAGGAGGCCGUGACCCCCGCGGUGGAGUCUCCCGCAACGACCGAAGGCGGAAAUAGAAAUCAGCUGCUGCCGCCGGGCGGCGAUAAUGUGGUGCGGGUGAUCUCCGUCAGCAAGGAGGCACUGGCGCAAGCCGACGUAGGCCGAUCGGGCUCCAAGGACCCACCCCCAGCGGACGACUCGUUUGGGCAACCGCCCAGGUCCCAGCCCAGUAAGGAAACGGUCGGCAGCAAAGGAUCGGAAAUAUCAUCAUGUACAGAUAGAUAUUUUUUUGGGUACCGAUUUUUUUUUGUUGUACUACAAAUACAAACAGAAUUAUGAGGAGUAUAGCAGGUAUGCUGGUUCUUGUUUGUUCUUCGAUUGCGACAGCGGCGCACGUGAACAAAAUCGAAUGCACAAUGAAUUCUACUACCAAAAUGCAAAAAUAGACUCCGCCGGCGGCACGCGCGUGGUCCGCAAGCGGUCCAAGGGACACUACCACCACGGCGUCGCGGGCGAGCAGAGUCCCGCGGCUAAGCGCGAAGACAUCGUUUCGCAUUUGGACAACGUGGUCGUCACCCCGGCGGCGCUGCGGGACCGAUCGCGGCUGUCCAAGGAAGAAGCGGAGGACGUUAUCGAAAGGAAAAAGCCCCCCUCCCCGUAUCAAACCGGAACUUCUGGCGCUGGAUUUGCGUACACAGAUCAGCUUUGUCUUGCUGGAGAGGACUGCUGGCCCAUAUCAAGCCUUUGUAGGGAGAUUUUGGCCUAGGCGCUUAGAAUGAGAAACGUCUGCGCUGUAGGCUCACCAGCAUCACAAACCCCCUGCGUAAAUGCGGCGGCGCCUGUGGAGUUGCCUUCUUGCAAGACAGAGAUGGUUUGUGGUCGACAAUCAGCAUUGCAAAUCUUCUGCGGCGUGCCUUUUCGAUAUUGGGAGGGGGAGUUUUUCCUUUUGAUAGACGUGCAGCUCGGUUUGGCGGAGCUUUCCCGCUUCGACUGCUUCAUCGUGGUAGUGGUCACCAUCGGGUAUGAAUUGCAAAAAUGUCUGGGUCUGGAAGAUUCUGACAGUUGUCACGCACGUUUUGCAUGAGCCAUGAUGUCUGUGAUGCAUAUACUAGCAAUACAGAUUGUUUGAGGGCUUCUUGAUGCCUAUUCCGCAUCACAAAUGCCUUCUCAUCGUAGCAAAAAUUGCAUUCCCUUCGCUACUCAUGCAAUACAGAUUUUUUUGGAAUCCAAAGGCAGCAUCACAAGUUGCAAUCUUCCAGACCCAGACAUAUUUGCAAUGCAUAUCGGGACGCUGAUUACCAAUCUCGCCAUCGCGGUCGCGGCGGGAAUCGUGAUGUCGAAGCUCAUAUCCUAAGUAAAAACGUCCCCACCUCAGAGUUGUCACGCAAACUCUGCUGGCUGAAAAUAUUUCUCAUUGCGGAGCUCCUCGAGAAGCAUUUUCUAGUCGUGUUUCGUAGUUUGUCAUGCUUUAAAAAUCAGCAUUAUAUGCUAGAUCUGUGAUGCUGCUGAACUACCUGAGCAGCAUUACACUACGAGGCCAAACUUGUCAUGUGCAACAGCCAAAGCUGGUUGAUUUGUCUAGCAGAUAUCUCAUCUUGAUUCUGGUGUGGGGACGCCUUUACUCAGGAUAGCUCAACAGCUUGUACCUGCAAAAGUACGGCGACGACAAGCCCGCCCCGGCGGACGCGAGUACGAAGCCAGCGGUGGGCACACCCGUGGCGCAGGACCCGGAAUCGCUGGCGCCGAAUUGAGGAGAUUUAUUUGUUUCCGGAAAUUAAGUUUCGCAUGAUCCAUCAUCCAGAUGUGCUAAUAUGCAAAAUAAGGCCACCAGUCGUGGACAGUUAUCCGUCGAGAGAGAGAGAGAGAGGAGCUCCUAAUGUACUACUCCCUUACUUGUUUUACAAGAUAUACUCGCAAGCAGGCGGUAAAUGUAAAGUUACUGUAAAAUAAAUUCGAUAUUGAAUUGAUCUAAUUAUCAAUCGGUGACUUUCAUCGCCGACCGCUGCUUUAGAACCCUAUACAGAAGUAUUUUGGAACUUUUCUCUUUCACAGUUCCUUGUCCUUACCUGGGAACUUUUGCAAAAUUGUAUGAUGGAUUCGUUUCCUGAGGUGAGGAAAAUGUUAUCUACUUCCGGUCAACUACAAAAUGCAGGAUGAUGUGCUACUCGUUGGUAUUAGAAGCUCUGGUUGUGUGUGCCGUGCCCUAGACAGCGGCCGAAGCAUCAUUGUGCUGGUGCAUGUACUUUCUUUUCUUGCGCGCCUCGUAUGC